AUGGCCUACGGUCCAGGAUCAAAAAACUGCAACGAGCUAAUACCCAAGCGUCCUCUCUUCCAGUCCGUCGAUGCUCUCAUGAUAAAACGUGACAGAAACGGUCAACCCCUGUCGCAUGCGGAUGCAAUGAAGACGCGUGGCAAAACCUAUCUUUCGAGAUCCGUGUCAGCUUAUCCUCCUGUGAAAGAAAAGCCAGCUAGUCGAAAGGCCUCUUUGGACUCUGGAAGUUCCACAAGUCGCUCCGAUGCCUCGGACUCCGAGACGAUGAGGAGGUUACCACCACGACGGAGGUCAUCAAAGUCACAGGUCCGGCGGACACCACCGAGAAAUGUGUCUCCGAAUUACAGCAUUGAUAGAAUGCUUGCCAGCAGUCCCUACAUUGAGACGGAUUAUCCGGAAGCACAUUGAAAUGAGGUGGUUCCAGAUGAAUGGGUCAAGAGUUCUGCUGCCUCGCUUCACAUGUAG